AUGGCAAGAAGACAUUUACUGUUUGUUUAUAUUAUUUUCUGCUCCAGCAAUAAUGCACCAAUGCGACAAGCUAAUCGGGAAGGUGUAAGGGAUGGCGGUGCUGCGAUAGAGGAUGAAAAUAUGGAUGCUGGUAUGAUGGGUGGUGAUGCUGGUGGUGGUGGCGGUGGUGGUGGUGGUGGUGGCGGUGGUGGUGGUGGUGGCGGUGAUGCUAGUGGUGGUGGCGGUGGUAGUGGUGGUGGUAGCGAUGCUGGUGAUGGUGGCGGUGGUGGUGGUGGCGGUGGCGGUGGUGGUGGUGAUGCUGGUGGUGGUGGUAUGAUGGGUGGUGGUGGUGGUAUGAUGGGUGGUGGUGGUGGUGGUAUGAUGGGUGGUGGCGGUGAUGCUGGUGGUGGUGGUAUGAUGGGUGGUGGUGGUGAUGCUGGUGGUGGUGGCGGUGGUGGCGGUGAUGCUGGUGGUAUGAUGGGUGGUGGUGGUGGUAUGAUGGGUGGUGGUGGAGGUGAUGCUGGUGGUGGUGGCGGUGGUGGUGGUGAUGCUGGUGGUGGUGGCGGUGGUGGUGGUGAUGCUGGUGGUGGUGGCGGUGGUGGUGGUGAUGCUGGUGGUGGUGGCGGUGGUGGUGGUGAUGCUGGUGGUGGUAUGAACGGUGGUGAUGGCAUGAUGGCUGCUGAUGGUGGUGUUGUGGCGGUUGCUGCAGAUUUCGUAAUGAAGGAUGCGGUUGAUAGCAUAGAUUGUAAUCGAGACAAGAUUUGGGUGAAUGGUCAGUGUAAACCGGACUUUUUGGAGAUUGAAAGCGAAACAGCGAUGUCAAAAUUGGAACCGUUUAAUUCAUACAAAAUCCAAAAUUCAGAAGGUAAUAGAGAUUUGAUGUUGAUGUGUUACAAAUUUGAAAAUUCCCUUAUAAUUUUGUAA